AUGGCAAUGAAGGCGCUGCGAAAUACGUAUUGGCUUGUUCGCCACGGGGAGAGCGUGCCAAACGUUCAGAACUUGAUUGUAUCUUCAAUGGAGGAAGGUGUGAAGGCUGAGUAUGGACUGACGCCCAAAGGCAGGCUGCAAGCACAGAAAGCCGGGCAAGAAUUGCACAACAUUCUGGCCAGCUUUGCACACAGCAAAGUGCGGAUUGUUUCAUCGCCAUUCUCCCGGGCACGAGAGACUGCUGAGCUGGUGGCUGCCAACCUUGGUUUUGAGAACAACAAUGGAAGGUUUCAGAUCUCUGAAAUGCUGAUGGAACGCUUUUUUGGGGCUGACAACGAACUCCAAGGGCAUGAGGCGUACGGGGGCGUGUGGGAAAGAGACAUGCGGGACAUCACAGAUGGUGGCCCUGCAGGGGGUGAGAGCGUCCAAGACGUAUCCGCAAGAGUCACGACGCUUAUGGAGAUGCUGGAGAGGGAGCACGAGGGCUGUGCAGUGGUCCUGGUGGCCCAUGGAGACACACUAUCAAUCCUGCAGGCUGUCGUGAAUGGGAGUGAAUUGGGCCGUCACACACAGUACGGAAUGAAGAACUGCGAAAUCAGGAGGUUGGGCGGAGAGGCACACGAGUAG